AUGGGGCUCCCCUGGAGGCAGCUGCGCCCCUGGCUGCUGCACCUCGUGGUGCUGGUGUGGCCCCAGCCCUGCAUGAGCCUGGAACUCAUUCCCUACACACCGCGGAUAACAACCUGGGACCUGGAAGGCAAGGUCACAGCCACCACGUUUUCCCUGGAGCAGCCGCGCUGUGUCCUGGAAGGGCAUGCCACUGCUGCCAGCACCGUCUGGCUGGUGGUGGCCUUCAGCAACGCCUCCAGGGACCUCCAGAACCCCCAGACACUGGCUGAGAUCCCAGCCUCCCCGAGGCUGCUGACGGAUGGCCACUACAUGACGCUGCCCCUGACCCUGGAUCAGCUACCCUGUGAGGACCCAGUGGGUGGCAGGGGGGGCGUCCCGGUGCUUAGGGUGGGCAAUGACGCCGGCUGCCUUGCUGACCUGCAGCAGCCACGCUACUGCAACGCCCCCCUCCCCGGCCCUGGACCUUACAGGGUGAAGUUCCUCCUGAUAGACUCCAAGGGCUCACCCCAGGCCCAGACGAGGUGGUCCGACCCCAUCAAUCUCUGCCAAGGGAAGUCCCCAGGCUCCAUUGACACGUGGCCAGGCCGGCCAAGUGGUGACAUGAUUGUCAUCACCUCCAGCCUCUCUUCUCUGGCUGGUCUCCUGCUCCUGGCCUUCCUGGCAGCCUCCAGCGUGCGCUUCUCCAGCCUGUGGUGGCCGGAGGAGGCCCCAGAGCAGCUGCGAACCGGCUCCUUCAUAGGGACGCGCUACAUGACCCACCACAUCCCACCCAGCGAGGCUGCCACGCUGCCCGUGGGCUGCGAGCCUGGCCUGGAACCCCUCCCCAGCCUCAGCCCCUAG